AUGACUUCGCUUUCGCUUCCGCUUCCUCGCGUCGAUUCCCUCGCGGACUACACAUCCUUCAAGCUCACUGUUCAGCCUUUCCUCGAACAGCUGCAAUGGCUACCUGCAAGUUUGCGGGAAGCUGGUCUGAACCUGAGUAACUUGAAGGAAGUGUAUCUAGCGACCAACCCCAUGGUCUCAGCCUUUGCGCUAUGCUCUGUCCUGGCCUGUUUCUUUUUCGUAGCCGCGGAAAUCAACCGGAACUUUUCCCAAGUGGAUCGCUUUUGGAGCAUCCUGCCUGCUGUGUACAACGUGCACUUUGCGGUCUGGGCACGCAUGUCCGGCAUUGAAACCCAAACGGUCUUCACCAUUGCUGUUCUCAGUGUUUUGUGGAGCGCACGAUUGACCUUCAACUACUGGCGUAAAGGAGGCUACAAGAUUGGGUCCGAGGAUUACCGCUGGGAGAUUGUUCGAGCGCAAGUGAACAAUACUUUCCUGUUCACCAUCUUCGAUUUCACCUUCAUCGCGUGGAUCCAGUCUCUGCUGCUCCUGCUCAUCACUGCCCCUACCUACGCUUUUGUUGUGGCCGCCUACAACCAAACCAGCGAGGUUUUCAGCCCCGCGGACCUGGCUUUCUCGCGGUCGACCAUUUUCAUUCUGAUUGUCGAAUUCUUCGCCGAUCAGCAGCAAUGGGACUUCCAGACGGCGAAGCAUGAGUAUCAGAAGACUGCGCGCGUUCCCGACCGCUACCGGGACAAGUUCACACCCGAGGAUCUGGAGCGCGGCUUCGUUGUCAGUGGUCUCUGGUCUUGGUCGCGUCACCCCAACUUUGUCUGCGAGCAGGCUGUCUGGGUGACAAUGUUCCUCUGGGCUGCUUAUCGCACCGGAACUUUCUUCUCAUGGAUCGGCAUCGGUGUCGUCGGCUAUCUUCUCAUUUUCCAGGGCAGCACACGUCUGACCGAGUCGAUCAGUGCCAAGAAGUAUCCCGAGUACAGCGAGUACCAGGCUCGCGUGGGGAGAUUUAUCCCUCGUCUGUCCGUGGAGCCGAAGAAGGUGAAGGCUGCCGCCCAAAAGGCUGCGGCCAAGGUCGAGAACGCGGAAGACAAGAAGAGCAAAUAA